AUGAGCUGCUACUAUGGCAACUACUAUGGUGGGCUGGGCUAUGGCUAUGGUGGCCUAGGCUGUGGCUAUGGCUGUGGCUAUGGUGGCUGUGGCUGUGGCUAUGGUGGCUAUGGCUGUGGCUAUGGUGGCUAUGGUGGCUAUGGUUAUGGAUGCUGCCGCCCACUCUGCUACAGAAGAUGCUGGUCCUAUGGCUUCUACUGAGAAAUAUCCUUAGCUGUUGAGCUUACUGGCUCUAACCUCCUGACUCUCUGGAAACAUCUCCAACUUUCUUCAAAUGAAAAUGUUUGAAUGUCUUCAACAACAUCAACUAUAUACUCAACUAUCUAAGAAAAGCAAAUGAAAUCAGCAUGCCUGUGUUGGUUCAUUAUUACCUCUUGGAUUGUGAUAGUUUGGAGAAAAUAUUUUCCUUUGAUAAUUAUCCUUAAAACACUAUGUAAAAUCUGAUUGAAUUUGAUUCACAACUACUGUAUAAAAAGGUACAUAUACUAAAUAAAUUGUUAUUCACUGAAA